ACGUCCCGCAAACGCGAUACGCAUUGAGUUUGGAGACAAGAGAGGAGAGAGUCGCUCAUUGCGGUAAAAAAUUGUAGUAAACUCUGAAGACAAAAGGAGUUUCUUCCUACACGGGCAUUGCUGCUAUUUACACCAGACCAGGAUAUUAUUCAUUGAAAGGUGAUUGUUCAACCCAAGGAUGAAUUUUGAGCAGCCCCCUCCAUACCCAGGCAAUGGCCCCACUGCUCCAGGCUACCCAGCCCAGGGCCCCCCUCCACAAGGCUACCCACCUCAGGGUUAUCCUCCACAGGGAUACCCUGUGAACAUGGAGCAGCCUAAUCCAGCCUACCCUAACUACCCUGCGGGACCAAUGGGCCCUGGAGGUCCUUAUCCUGACCCAGGACAGCCUCCUUAUGGGUACCCUGGACAACCACAACCACAGUUUGGCUGGCAUGGGGGACCCCCUCCUGGGCCUAUGUAUGGGGAAGCUCCCAAAAACACAGUGUACGUGGUGGAGGACAGGAGAAGAGACGACUCAGGAGACACGUGCCUGACAGCCUGCUGGACAGCUCUGUGUUGCUGCUGUCUCUGGGACAUGCUGACAUAACUAUUCUCCAACUCCCGUUAUUCCCUUGCACCCCAUUUCUGUGCCUCGAGUCCCAUCACCCCUCCCAUCUGCCUUAAACCUCGCACUCCCUUAAAACCAUCUCUCCGUCUGCUCUACAAGUCUUUUGCUCGUCUAUAAAUAAAAGCCUCGAUCUCAUAUGGAAGUCUCUGUCCGGAGCCACUUACUUGACGUGAAGCCCUCAUCACUGACUGACCCUGUCCAGGGGCUACUCUGACUGUAGCAGCUUGUAACUGAGCUUCUAACCUGCAAUUUCAGGCUCUUCACUGUAAUCGUACACCAACAGGCACACACACACACACACACACACACACACACACACACACACACACACACGUACAGUAUACUUGGAUCUCAGGCUAAUCUAGUGUGAGGCUCUUUGGCACUUUAUGAUGAUUACCUCUGUAAGAUACUCCUGCCUGCCCUGUCAACCAUCUCCAACCCUCCCUAAAUCCCCCUCUGCUAUUUUCCAUCGCCAAGUACAACCCCUUACCCUGCCCACCCCCCACCCACCCUAUACCCCAAAGGCCACCAACACCCGGCUGUUAAUGAGCCACAGGGCGCUCUUAAGAAGCUGAUGCUUGAAAUGUAUCCCUUUCAUUUGCACAGAAGCUGUUUUUGCCGACGUAUGUCUUCAGGUGGAAUCAUAUGACGAUAAAUGGAAUGCAUUUUUAAAAGAUGACAGUGAUUUAUGUUUGAUUACUGUUAACAGUUGAUGGCCACAAUGUUUUUUUUCUCAUUGUGAUCUUGAUAUGAAAAAUGAUUCCAAUGUUAUUUUUUAUUACAUACCUUGGAGAUAAAACUGAAAAUAUGAGAAAAAAAGUUGUGAUUGCUUAACAAAAAAAAACCAAAUGACCUGUCAGAUGCCUUUUUUUUGCUUUGGAUGAGAAACUUGCAUUAAAAUAAUUUAUUCCCAUGAAA